GCGCCAACCAAAGGCUCUCUAUUUUGUACCCAGUAAUAAUAGUUACUGAGAUCUAUGAGUGUAGAUUUUUCAAGUCUGCGGCGAAGAAGACAAGCAUAUAAUCAUAUCCAUCUUCUCGGAAUCUCAGUCGUUAGAUCUUAACUCAAAUCUCAAUCAUCAUACAUUUCCUGUUACCAAAUAUGACCCAAGUUAUGCCCCUAAAGCCUAUCCUAGGCCCCAUCUCUCUGAGUGAGAAGAAGAGACUUUCGCUGCCAUCCCUUAGCGACUCUUCACAGUGGAGUCGUUUGGACAACAGCUUUGCCUUCUAUCCUGAUAGUCCUCCUCUCAGCUCCUCAUCUUCUUCAGAGUUUGGCACUGCCGUCGACCAGACACUGUGCCAUUUCGCCCAAGUGACUCAGCAACACGAACCUGUCGUUGCAGUCAUUGGUGUUGGUUACGUCGGCAAACAUCUCGUCAACUCUUUCUCGUCGAGAUACCAAGUCAUUGGCUUUGAUGUAUCUGCCACGAGGAUCCAAAAUCUCAAGAACGAGUACCAAGACAACGAGAAUGUGCAGUUUUCUCAAAACUCACAGGAUCUUCGCAGAGCAACACACUUCUUGAUUUCAGUCCCAACACUAUUGCGGCCUGAUAAGACCAUCGACUCUUCUUAUCUUUGCGAAGCGUUGAAGACUGUUGGAGAGAUCGCCCGCUCUGGGUCCACGGUUGUUAUUGAGAGCUCCGUAGCCGUUGGCAUGACUCGUCAACUUCUUGGUCCUCUUGCCGUGAGCCGAAAGUACUUUGCGGGAAUGUCGCCAGAGCGAGUCGACCCCGGGCGCGCUCAGCCUCCUGUCAAGUCCAUUCCAAAGGUCAUCUCUGGUUUGGAUGAUAUUACCCCUGGUUCUCUCGAUGCCAUCUCCCGGAUCUACUCUACCAUAUUCGAUUCUGUUAUUCCUGUGUCGAAGCCAGAAGUGGCCGAGAUGAUGAAGCUCUACGAGAACUGCCAAAGAAUGGUUUGCAUCGCUUAUACCAAUGAAAUGGCCGACGCAUGUAUCCCACACAACAUCGAUCCAUAUGAAGUCUGCGAGGCUGCCUCAACAAAGCCAUUUGGAUACAUGCCAUACACUCCGAGUGUUGGUGUAGGCGGGCACUGUAUUCCAGUCAAUCCAUUCUAUCUCCUUUCCAAUAGUCACUUCCCUCUGUUGGAGUGUGCUUCACUGGCGAUGCAGUCUCGGCCAUCCCGGCUAGCUCAGAGAGUGCUGAAGACUCUGCGUCAGAGAGUCGUAGGUCGAACACCUCAGGUGCUGGUGGUGGGCGUAGGCUUCAAGGCUGGUCAAUCGCAGAUAGACAAUUCUCCAGGUGCUGAAUUAGUAAGAAGCUUGGCUGUUUCGCAUGAGGUCAAUGUCUGCUGGGUGGAUGCUCUGGUUAAGCAAGAGGCAUUCCCACAGGUACGUCGACUACCUGACGAGGACUGGCGAAGGGAUGUUUUAGAGACUUUCGAUGUUAUUGUUGUCGCCUCUCGACAGCCGAGUCUAGAUUUUGGUCUUCUUGAUGAGCUUGAGGGUGUUGAGGUUGAGAGAUGGUGCCAGUAAGAAACAGUCGGUGUGUGGUAUAAUGGCGAUGGAUGGUGCCAUAGAUGGAAGCAACGAUAUUGCUGUGUUAAUUCCGAUCAGUAAAUAGUUCAAUAUUCCAGAAUACAAAUGUUAUUAUUGCAUGUUGUCAAGUUUUUCAAGAAUGCGACUCGUCAUGGAUUCGGCGCCCUGAGUAGUAAGCAAGCAGCUCUGUA